UUAGAAAAUAAAGAGAGAGAACCAUUUUUUCUCUCCCUCAAAAUGUCCAACAAGGUUCACGUAGGGAGCAUUGAGAUGGAGGAAGGUUUGAGAAAGACGAAGUGGAAAUUUUCAGAACCUUCCGAGCAAAUCAAGAAAAUUCCGAAGAGGCUUUGGAAUGUUGGGAAAGAAGAUCCAAGGAGGGUUAUACAUGCACUUAAAGUAGGUCUUUCCUUAACGCUUGUCUCUUUGCUAUAUCUCAUGGAGCCUCUCUUCAAAGGAAUUGGAAGCAAUGCCAUUUGGGCCGUCAUGACCGUCGUUGUUGUCCUCGAGUUCUCUGCCGGUGCAACGUUGUGCAAAGGGCUCAAUAGAGGAUUAGGGACACUAAUUGCGGGAUCUUUGGCAUUUUUUAUUGAGUUUGUAGCUAAUGAUUCCGGAAAAGUUCUUCGAGCUAUAUUCAUUGGCACUGCUGUUUUUAUCAUAGGAGCGGCCGCAACUUAUAUAAGAUUUAUACCAUAUAUAAAGAAGAACUACGAUUAUGGCGUUGUGAUAUUUCUCUUGACAUUCAAUCUUAUAACGGUUUCGAGCUAUCGAGUAGACAGUGUGAUAAACAUAGCACACGAUAGAUUCUACACUAUAGCCAUCGGUUGUGGAAUUUGUCUUUUCAUGAGCCUUAUGGUUUUUCCUAUUUGGUCCGGUGAAGAUCUCCACAAAACCACUAUCGGCAAACUCCAGGGUCUCUCUCGCUCCAUAGAAGCAUGUGUGAGUGAGUACUUUGAGGAGAAAGAGAUGUUAGAAACAUCCGAUUCAAAAGACAGAAUUUAUGAAGGUUAUCAAGCUGUUUUGGAUUCUAAAUCCAUCGAUGAAACACUUGCAUCAUAUGCAAAUUGGGAGCCAAGACACACGAGACGAUGUCAUAGGUUUCCAUGUCAACAAUAUGUUAAAGUUGGAGCUGUUCUUCGUCAAUUUGGUUACACUGUUGUUGCUCUUCACGGUUGCUUACAAACUGAGAUUCAAACUCCUAGAUCAGUUCGUGCGCUUUUCAAAGAUCCUUGUGUAAGAUUAGCCGGAGAAGUGUGCAAAGCUUUGUCGGAACUGGCAGAUAGCAUCUCCAACCACCGUCACUGUUCACCGGAGAUUCUCUCCGAUCAUCUCCACGUGGCACUCCAAGACCUUAAUUCCGCUAUCAAGUCUCAGCCUAAACUCUUCCUCGGCUCCAAUCUCCAUCGCAACAACAAUAAACACCAAAACGGUACCGUAUCACAACGCAACAACCAUAACCAUGAGAAAGACAUAAACGGCAACGUUUUUACAGAAACCGGUUCACGUCACCAUAAAACUACGGAAACCGGUUUACGCCAAGGCCAAAACGGCGCCGUUUCGUUAUCGAGCUUCAGGACGGACACGUCAGCUUUGAUGGAGUAUCGGAGAUCGUUCAAGAACAACAAUAGCUCUGAGAUGUCGUCGUCGGCGGGAGAGAGGAGGAUGUUACGGCCGCAGCUGAGCAAAAUCGCGGUGAUGACGAGCCUCGAAUUCUCGGAGGCUUUGCCGUUCGCGGCGUUUGCGUCGUUGCUGGUGGAGAUGGUGGCGAGGCUUGAUAAUGUAAUCGAGGAAGUGGAGGAAUUGGGAAGGAUCGCCUGUUUUAAGGAGUACGAUAACACAAGAGAUCCGACGGCUGACGAUGUUCGAUGCGAGAAACCGGCGAAUGUUGUGAUCAGUGUCGGCGCCGCGGAAUGAAGCAACGACCGGCGAGAAGUAAAUUGUAGAUUUUUGUUUUUCUUUGGAUCUACAUAUUUAGGUGUUAUAUUAGAGAAGACGUAGAUGAAUUAAACCGAUCGGUAUAAUGGAUCGAUGAUGCGAUUUGAUUUGGUUUGGUAUGAUUCGGUUUCCUCCAUUAUACUAUGAUGGAAUCGUUGCGUUUUCAUAAUUUUACUAAUAAGAGAUAU